UGUAUAGGCACCAUAAUGAGGAUAAUUACCAGAAGGCGUGUCAAAGUUCGCGUGACGGUACGGAGGGGUGAUGGAAGCGUGACGAGCCAUGGUUGGGCCUUCCAUAGAAAGCGGGAUGAGGACGGCCAUGAGAGAAAACAAGGUGAGAGUGGGGAUGAUGAAGGGGUAACUCCUAAAGAAGCGCAGAGUGCGGCUGGUGAACCCCCUCCGCCCACCCCUGACUCUUCUCACUACGAUACCGUCUGUGAUGAUAGGGACCUCGACGUUGAAUUAGAAGAAGAUGCCGACUAUGAAGAUGCUCAUUACGAAGAUACUAAAGGCUCAGGCAUAUAUGAGAAUUUAGAUAAAGAUUCGGAGAGGAUAUACGAAGAGGUUGGGAAGAAAGGUUUGAGGGUCCGCUUCGAAGGUGAUAAUAAUGAAGAAGAUGGAGAUGAUGGAAGCCUCUACUCGACUGGUGCCAUACCAAAGAGAGGCAGCACCUCUACCUUGACGGAGGAGGAGGAGGAGGAAGAGGAGGAAAGAGGGGGUAAAGAAGUAGAGGAAGAGCAAGAACAAGAUGAUGAUGGACAGAUAUAUGAGACAAUUGGGGAGUUCCGUCAGAGCACCGAGCCGAAAGACCCCACGAGAGAUGACAGGAAAGGCGAGACAUUGACGAGGGAAAGUGAGACGUAUAUAUACGAUGAACCGAGAAAGAUCGAGGUAACGGUGACAUCCAAGAGAGAAGGUGAUGAUUUUGAGGACAGGAAGUAUAAUAGUGAUAAACCAAAGGGGAAAAAGAGAGGGAAGGUGGAGGUUAAGUUCACCCCUUGGCAAACAGAAGGUCGUGGACAGAGAACAAAGAUAAUAAACGAUAAGUGUAAUGAUGGCGAUGAAAACCUGAAAGUGGAACAGACGACAAAAUUUUCUUGCUGUGACGGAAACGGAUCCAGACAUAAGACAGGGGAUGGUGACAGGGGGGAAAUGGGGUCCCCGUAUGAGCUUCACCACAGGUCCAAGAUUGAAGUCACCUCUGAGAAUAUGAGUGAUGGUGGUUGUGAUGGUGGUGAUGAUGGUGACGCGGGAGGUAACACGACCAAGAACAAAAAAUCGUCUUGUGGUCAUCAAUGUGUAGAUGAUGAUAAUGAUGAUGACGACCUCGAUGACGAUGAUUUUGGUGAUGAUGAAAGUACCAUCUACCAGCGGGGGAGACAUAGAGUGAAGAAAAGGACGCUGAUAAGGGUGAGAGGAGUGGGUGUGGACAUGGAUAAGAACCAGGACCUAGAAGCAGCUGGCAGGGCCCUAGUCAAGACCUUCACUAAAACAAUCGUCACGUUCGGAAGAGAUAGUAGCAGUUGCAGCGAAAGGACGCGAGAGUCUAAACCAGACGGCUCGACUUCUGAUCCCGAAAAAUCAGAGGGUUCAAGCUCGUCAGUCAUCAUCCUUGAAACAUACGGCGCUGACCCUAACAUCUUGAGGAGCGACCAGGAGGAAGAAGACUCCACAGAUACCGGCACUGAGGUUACCCAAGACUCCUCGCCACCAACCAGCGACUCUUCCUUAAACUUAUCCAAUCUAUCUGGAGUCUCAACUCUAAGAUUCAGUCCAGAUUACCGACACUCGAAUGAAAGCGACGACGGCAGCUACACCGACCCAGGAUCUCAGACUGACACCUCCACUGACACUCUUGUCGCUGACGUCACCCACUACCAGACUGAUGUUGUGGAGGUGAGGGAGGCGUAUGUGGAGUAUGACCAGGUGACUGGAGCCUUUAUAGAGUUCCCGGACACUGAGGUGGCACACAGCCAAUCCGAAAACACUCCGGACACACUCAUACAAUACCCCGACGCUCACGUUACGUACAGAGAGUACGACCACAGCUCUGGUGCGUACAUAGAGUAUCCAGGUACACGAGACACAUACGACCACAGCUCUGGUGCGUACAUAGAGUAUCCAGGUACACGAGACACAUACGACCACAGCUCCGGGGGAAUUAUAGAAUAUUUAAGCCGGAAAGAAACUUUAUACGAGAAACAGCAGACUACAGGAGCCUUUAUUGAAUACCUGAACGAUAAUAGUGGAGACGAGGACCUCACACGAAGCCCGACCAUCGAGGAUUUAAGUUCCUUAGGGGAGAACGGCGACUCCUUCUUUGUGAACUUUGAGGAAGAGUUAGAGCGAGUGGAAAGGCAGUAUCCGAACUUGCAAGCUGAACAUUUAUUAGCCGGCCAGGAGACAGAAGAACAGGAAGAACUCGUAGACGUUCCUCUGUGGGUUUGUGAAACAGUAAAAGAACUCAACCGGUGCGCGACCAUCACUGAGGAGGACGAAGAGGAGGAGGAGGUGGUGGUGGUGCAGCGAGAGAAGCUGGAGACCUCCAACAUGGGCCAGUACUACUCCAGCGCCUCGGGGGGCGGGCCCUCCAGAGGCGAAAUGUCGGGAUCUUUACCCUCGUCGCCUCGGUCCUCAGAAGAAUGGAGAAUGUCGAUGGCGUCCACAGCGACGGUGGCGUCCACAGCCACUGCAGACAGCGAUGACACUCUGGCCAAGGACAUGUCGGAGCUCUCGUCUGUCAACUCUCGUCUCUCGUGCCUGGAUGAGGUUCAGGACGAGGUGAGACACCCCUCUUCUACCCCUUCUGGGGUAGACCCAAGCGCCGCACACAAACUCACACCGCAGUCCAACCACAAGCGGCAGACGAGCAUCAAGGACGCUAUUGAUGAGCUUGAGAGUAUUGAACAAGCUGCCCAGACGCUACUGCAGAAGCGACAGUUCUCUACCGAGGACGAUCGUACGACACCAGUCUCAGCCUCUGACACAGUGACUGUCCUCCCCACUAGUGUGAGUGAUACUAAAGUGACUCUCAGUGAGAAGUUCAGUCCACAGUCUAAGAGAAAAGUGACGCCAAGUUCACCAUCACUCCGAAGUGAGACUCUCGUAGAAGAAACAGAGAACACACUGCCGACACACACACCCGAGGAGGAUAAGACGAACACCGGGUCAUCCAGCGAGCAAGUGGACACGAUCAUUACACCUGCCAAGACUGAUAAGGAGACGCCAUGUCCAAGUGUUGAAACCUCAGUCACUCCGGCAGAUCUUACUGUUAAUGGUGACUCAACAACCAAGCCGACGAAGGAAGAUCAAGUGGUUAACUCCAAGUCGGAAGUGAAGCCGCCUCUUCCCCCGACGGCAGGAGGCCAGCCGCCCAAGCUAGAAGUUAAGCGUCGCUUGUGGUCGAGGUCUAAGGAGCUCCAGCCUUACAUCUCGCGAGAGUCUUACAACGACGACAGAGUGUUGAAGGAACUGGAGAGGUUACGCCGUAGUUACCAAGAGAGUGACCUGAACGACUUCUUGGACGCUCUGGAAAAUACGGCCAUUUCCGACGACAUUGAGGAAGCUUUCCUACGUCAGCUGCUGGUGGACAUCAGCGAGGAUGUCGAGGACGGGACUCGGGAAGCCGAGGAUUCACCUCAACUGGAGGAGGAGACGAUAGUCGCCGCCACGCCAGAGACCGUAACUCAGGUGGCUGAUGAGGUGCCGCCAGAACCCCCCCGACCAUCACCUGCCACAAGCAAGUUUGAGAAGGUCAAAGAGAGAAUUUUGGAGAUGAUAACAAUACGUAGAGCUGGGAGGGUCAUAGACACCACCAACUGUGAGACACCCACCAGCUGUGAGACACCCACCAACUGUGAGACACCCGCCAGCUGUGAGACACCCGCCAGCUGUGAGACACCCGCCAGCUGUGAGACAACCUCAACUCUGAGAGAAGACUCUAAGAGCUUGACUGAGGAUUCUGGUCGUUUCGAAACUCCUCAGAUCAGUAGGUCGAUCACACCUCAGUCACUCAGACCAGACACACCAGACUCCAAGUCCAGCAGACCACAGACUCCAGAUGUGACCAAGGGAGAGGAGGGCAAGAAGAGCUUCAACAUCACAGAGUUCUUGAAGAAAGGUUCACCCAAGUACCUGAGAAAGAAGUACAAGGAGAGAAAGAACCGUAAAUCAGAUGUGUUGACAACGUCAGAGAGCGAGAGUGAGGACCCAGAGGCCGGGAAGAAGGAUAUCGGAAAUGGUAACAGUUUGUCUCAGAGGAAAGUACCAUUUACGGGAAGUCAGUCAAGUCUAAAGGGAAGCAAUCGAUCGCUGAGCACCUCACAAGAACUCAAAAAGGAAGUUCGCUUUGAUCUUGACGGUGAAGAACAGAAGAAAGGUUUGGAGGAUACAAGUGGCAGAGACGCCAGAACCGAGUUAACAACACCGGUGAGAGUCGAGGAGAAGUGGAAAGAGCAACACAGAUACUCGGGUCCUCAGAUGAUCACGUGUGAGGCGCAGCUGCAGGAGACCGUCAUACUGAAGGAGUUUGAAGAGACGACGCAGGAUAUGGAGAGCGACACGUCCUUUCCGCUACCCACCACAGUACUCGACAUAAACAGCCGAGCAGAAACAUUACUCCCGAGGCUGCCUGAGAGAGUUAGGCCACCCAGGAAGAAGAAGAAACUCAUCCCCACGUCUGUUGAGGAGCUGAGUGGUGGAGACCUUUCUGAUAACUCUACCUCCACUGUGACCUCCAACAGCUCACUGAAGGCGGUGGAUCCCAGAACGGAGUCGCUGAGAGUCAACGAGGCAGCCAAGGAGGAGUCACCCCCGCCCCUCCCUCCAUAUGAAGAAAUUAUCGAUCUGCCUAAAACUAAACCCAAAUGUGUUGAGGUGGUGGAAAUGACCCGGUCUGAGGGCGUGACCUCGGAGGUGAGAGAAGAGUUUGUAAUGACAGUGACCGAAGAAAGUGUUAAGAAUAUUGAGUCAUCCUUAUCCGUGUCUUCAUCCGCCUCGAUGACGCUACUCCCUGACACCACUGUGACAUCCUCCACUCCUGCCACCACUACUGUACCACCACCACCACCACGCUCUGCCACUGUUGCCACGUCCUCAGCUGCCGCAUCUACUGGGACUACGACGGAGAGUAUGUCUGCUCCACCACCCAUCCCGCCCGCCCCGUCACCAUCCAGCCUCUCCACCUCAGUUGUUGAGGUGGAGGUUCUCGUGUCGCCGCUGCCUGUGACCUCCGUGGCAUCCAUAUCUGUUGCUCCGUUACCUGAGAGUGCCACGCUGGUGGUGUACCCCGCCAGGACCUUACCCCUGCCUGUAAUCCCCGAGUCCCUGCAGGAGGACCAGGUGUCCCUCCCCACUCCCAGCGAGCCCACCGUCUCAUUCAGCAGCCUCGGAGGGUCGGCACCAACCACGCCGCAGGCUGGGGAGGAAAACCUUCCCUCCCUCUAUGAUAACGUCAACCCCUUCAAGGAGAUGCUGGAGCUGGAGGCUAGACUUCUCGAGGGCGAAGUAUCUGAGCCUCCAACUGUUACCACCACUACAGUAAACGUUAGUUCCGAGUUGACGAAAGUAGAGACAUGUGAAGUGCCACAACCGGCCCAGGAGGUGACGUCAGGCCACUUAAGUCUUCCGCAGGCAGCUCGCCAGAGCCCUGACUUGGAGAAGAAUGAAGUAGUCGACCUUGACGCGCUUGCAGCUCUGACCGCUGAGAUGUUUAACUUCACCGACGGCUUGGAUAAAAAAGUUCCUUGGAAUAAAAACAAGAAAAAGGAAAGUUAUAAAGCACCGGUUGCUGAGGUCAAUGAAGUAUCUGAUACGUCCACAUCUGUGAUGAAGUCAGAGCGUCUGACGGAGAAAGUCAUUGAUGAAUCGGUAACAACAGCUGAGGAACUUGAGGCUGCAUCCUCCACGACGCUCUCACUACCACCACAAGACGAAGUAAGAGUUAAGAAAGAGACUAAGGAAAUUGUGACACAAACAGAGCCUGAGAUACCCUCUCGAGGCCUGUCUGUGAGGGAGGUGGCCAGGAGCAACACCAUCGCCAUACAGACCGACGCCACCAGGUAUGUUCGGAUGUACGAGGCCGCCUCACAGACCGACACGGAGUAUGAAACUGACCUCGAGACCGAAUCUGAAAUAGAAGAAAACACGACGAACAAAUACGACCCCGGCAAGUGGUUAUACCGACCGACCAGAGAGAACAAGGUGCCGCUGCCCACACCCAGAGACCCCCAGCUCCAGGAGCUGCACAGACAGCAGCAGGCAAUGAUACAGGAGCUGCAGAAACAGACCGUCAUGCAGGAGCGGCGAGAGAAGGACAAGCCAGAGGCGCCACCACGUCAAUUCCAAGACAAGAUGCCCCUGAAGGUGGUGGACGAGCUGAAGAACGUUCUCUCCGACGUGGACGAGGCCGGACCCAAGCUGAAGAAGGUGGGCGAGCCUCCCCCCCGCUGGGACUCAGACCUCACCUGGGAUAACGAUGACCUGGCAACUAUACCCGAGGAGGCGCUCAUGACGAGUGCCAGAAUGGUGGGCGGCAGCGGUGGCGACACUCAUCAAGCACUGCCCGGAGUCACCCGAGACCUGCCACACCGCCAGCAGGAGGCAGCAACGCCCCGUCAGGAGAGCCCAGCCAAGCAUGUUAAAGCCUUACAGGAACUUGGUCUGGACGAGUCGACCCUCCUGACCGAGAUCGAACAAAUACUCGGAUUCGGUUCGCUGUCCUCCUCCAAGAACCGAACGGAGAAAGCGAACGGCAUCUCGGCUACUUCCUGUCAACCGGACACAUUCGAAAAACCGGUUAAGUUGGAAAAGCCGAGUUCGAAGACUUCCGGCGGCAAACCACUAGUUCCGGAACGUGAUUCAAGCAAAGGAGUGUGGUCGCCGGGGAGGUCUGGCGAGGAACGCACCGGGCCCUCCAAGAUUGACCUCCCUGACCUCCCGUCCUUCAAGGAUCAACCCACCGUGUGGAGUCCCGGCAGAGGCCAGCACUACACGGGACUCACCCAGAGCCGUGUUCCUGAGACCCGAGCUGACCACCCCAACCCUCGCUACACCUCGGGGAGCGCGAGUCCGAGCCUGGGCCGGAAGGAGUACCGCAAGGUGAACUACGACGGCCAGACCACACCCCAAAGACGCCCCUCACAGGAGAACGUGUUAAUCCCACGGCCAGAGGAGAGCUUCGCUUGGAAGGACAUCAAGGUGGAUAAGGUGGCCCGUUCUCCUACCUCCACCCUGCCCAAGGUUCAGAACCCUACCGUCACACUCCUGCAGAAGAAGCGAGAUGAUCCGCAUUCGACCUCAGAGGGUCAGAUCCCCGGAAAACGACCAGAGUACUUGAAACCUGAUGACAUUGGUCCCAAGUACAAACCUGACGACAAAUUAUACAUCAUCAAGAGAGAGUACGAGUCAGAAGACGAGGAAGGAGGGCGUCGCUUCGCUGUGUUAGGGCCCAAGAAGGUUCAAGGGGUGGGCCCCACAACCCAGGACGGGGUCCCUACCACCCUUAAGUCGCAAACUGGGAAUUCAGGAGACUACAGGAGCGUUUGUUAUGACCAGGAGAGGUACCGGGAACUGUCUGGCCACACUGGGAGAGUUGGCAUGUUUGAUAAUACAGCAGGUGUAAAAUCAGAGCACCAAGGAGAGUGGUACAGAAGGAUGUUUGACUCACUGCAUAAAGUAAAAGAUGAACACUGUGGAAACGACCACAUCAUCAUCAAAUACAAAGUCCCCAGAGCACGUUAUGGGGGGUACAUGUCGGAGCCUGAGGGUUACGACUCUGAUGUUGGCUCCUCCCGCUACGCCACCCUCGACCGACGCCGCCAACACCACUUCGAGGUGGACCCCAUGACCGCCAGCCUGCCCAGAGACUACAACGUCGACCUGGACCCCUUCAGUAGGAACUCCAACCGCUACGUACACCAGCCUGGCCGUAUUGAAGACUAUGUUCCUGGGUACUCCUCACUCUCGGAGAAGGAGCUGAAGAAGUUUUUACAGUCCAGAACACCUAAUCCGGAGGCAGACAUAAAGCUUGAGACACAGACACAAGAGCCUCCACCGGUGUCUGUUAACCAUAGGUACAGUUCACAGAAGAUGUCCAUGACCCAUGCUUUGAAGGAAUCCGGAUACGAGAGCGACAGUACCCUAGUGUUCAGGAAGCGUGAGGACGCCCGCCGUCAGGCCCCCGACCCCAGGAAGACGAGCCAAGUGUAUCGUCAGAUCCAGCGAGGAGGUGACAUCCCACUAACUGGUCUUCAGAAAGCCAACCCACCCAAGCCAAGAGAGCCGGUGGUGGGUCCUCUCCCGUUCCCCUACCUGUCGGGAGGGCAUCAGGCACCCCCCGCCCGCCCAGAAUCACCAUAUAAGUAUGAGUCAGGAGAAGUGAACAUCCACUAUCGGACUCCUGUAAGGAUUGAACAGAAGGAAGCCAUCCCUGAGGAGGAGUUGGCGCGCCGUCAGGAGGAACACAUGAAGAAAGUCUACGAGAACGAGAGACGUAAGAAAUACCUGGCGGAAUUGGAAGACAUUGAGCGCCGAAGACACACUGAUAACUUUACGCCAUUACAGAAAUCCCCAAUUCCUUUGAAUCGAUACGACGAUGAAAGUAGUCUGGGCACUUUACGCGGCACCAGAACACCAGAUCUCAAGCAGGUUGCGAAGGCAUUGUACAACUUUACUGCACAAAAUAAGAGGGAACUGUCAUUCAAUAAAGGUGAAAUUGUCUUCAUCCGUCGACAAAUAGACAAGAAUUGGUUUGAGGGAGAGUUGCGAGGUUCAGUUGGUAUUUUCCCCUGCAACUAUGUUGAGAUUGUGCCUUAUGAGAACAUUAAGACACUGACCAGGAAACCUACAGAAGGUCAGGCAAGAUCCAGAUUCAAUUUCCAGGCUCAAACCUCUAUGGAGAUGUCCCUCAGCAAAGGAGAGUUGGUUGUCUUGACUCGACGUGUGGAUGAGAAUUGGUAUGAAGGACGGAUAGGUAAUCGUAAGGGCAUCUUCCCAGUCUCUUAUGUCGACACGUUGUUAGAACCCGGCAGUGAUAGACCCAUGACUCCCAGCUCCUCGCCCAUGCCACGACCCGCUCUACCUGCCGCUAAUCUGCUCUACAAUGGUGCCUCCUCCUACUCCAGCCCCUACUCCACUUUGGGACGACCGGGAAGUCAAAAUGAUUCUAGACCUUACAAUCAGUCCCUCACCGUAAACACUCAGCAGGAACCUGUUGCGUAUCGCGCUCUAUACAAUUACAAGCCCCAGAAUGAUGAUGAGUUGGAACUUUUGGAGUCAGACAUGGUUAUGGUCAUGGAGAAGUGCGAUGACGGCUGGUUCGUCGGCACUUCUCGUAGGACCGGCCUCUUUGGCACCUUCCCUGGAAACUAUGUAGAGAGGGUCUGAAACAGAAGUAAAAGAGCUUUAGACCCAAAGCUUUAUCCUCAAAUCAUAAAUUAAGUAUCAUAAAUUCCCAUGCUAAGUCUGUUUCUUGGGCCUUUGGUAAGUAUUUAGUCCCAGGAGAACAAAUGUUUUUUACAGUGUUUAUAUGUUUAUGAAGUUACUUUUAAGUUUAGAAGACCUAUGGAUAAUGUAGAGAGAAUUUUAAGGUACCUGGGCCUGACAAAGAGACUUGUGAGAUUUCAAAUAAGAAGAGAUUAAUACUGUACUUCAUAAAGUCUCUUCAAGCUAGUUUGGGUAUCACGAGUACCACAGUGUGAAAUGGGGAUCCUUGUUAUUUAAAUACUGAAGGGCAUAGUUAUAUAUCUGUUGAACCUAAGACAGUAUGCUUUUGAGCUGAGCAUACUGGCUCUGAAAUAUUAGAGUUUAGAAGUAAAUAAAGUUUAUAAGUUAUGCUUACAAGGACUAAUUUUGUGCCAAUCUGAUAAUGGUGAAGAGGAUGAAGAUGCUACUACUUCACUGAAAAUUAUUUUUGUGACUAUAUGAUUUUCCAUGCACUGACAAUCUAAAUUUUGUUACUUCUCAGUUUCAAGGAUUUUUAUUACCUUUAUACUUUACGGUGAUCUGGAAAACUGAUGCAUGUGAAGUGCUGUUUCCGUGUCCGUUAUAUAUGCGAAUCAUACAACGUCCAUGUUUUAUGCAUAAGGCACACUGGUGCUGAAACUUACCAUUUAGCCUGUGCAUUUGUGUAUAUCUGAAGUAGCAUAUAUAUAUAUGUGACUCAUUUAUUGAUGUUGAUGCAAAAGAUUGCAUUGUCCUUCAGUAUAGAGGCUCGUUCUUGUCAAACUGUUUGGUAGUGAACACAAUGAAAAUCAGUUCAGGUUUUGCACGUGUCUAGUCACACCCAAAGUGAAUUUAUUGAGAAAAAAAUUAUGUAGAUGUCUUGUUACCCUCUGCCGGUGCUUUCUUCUGAUGUAACAAUCCAUUAUGAUGUACUGAGCAAAGGUUUCUGGAGCAAACAAUACCUGUUAAGGUUAUGCACACUGCGGAGCAUAAGUUUACUCCACAGACUUAGCUUACAAUGUGCGACUUUCAGGGUUUUCGUCUAAAAUGUAAUCUGUACUGUCCUAAUACUGCUCCUGCCUUUCUUGCCUUAUACUUCUGUGUUAUUUUUUAUUUAGUUUAUUCACCUGAUUUUAGGCAUUAUGGAUAUUAGAGUGAAUAUGAAAUAAUGUUAUGUAUGAUAUUUCAUAGCCUUUCUCUGUUAAUGAUAAAUGAUAAUUUUUCACCUCACAUUUAUUCAUAUUCAUUCUUUAACUUAAAUCAUAUGAUAAGGUUAAGUGUAUUAAGGAAAAAUAUUCCCUUCAAAAAUCAGGUUGAAUCAUUUGUCAGAGAGCAAGGGUUCUGGUUGGUGUCUCAAGAACAGAAGCUCCUUAAAUCAAAGUUAUUUUUAAUGUCCUUUUGUCGAUGUUAUUGUACAAAGAUGCUUUUAUAAUUUACUUGUUAGUUAUUAAUUUUUCUAUGAUUACUGGUUUUGUAUUCAGAACUAUCCACAAAUGGAAUUAUUGAAUAGUAUGUUUUGAAGAUUUUCUGUUUUUGUGUCACCAAUGUAACCCACCAUAGUAUUGGCCUCUCUGGAGGAAGACAACAAGGCAGUGUGGUCACAGUGAGUGCUGACCAUUUAUAAGAAAACGAAGCAUUCAGGUCCUUAUAAACUUUUGUAAAGUAAAUAGUGAGCAAUCCUCAUCUCAUUUUAUAGUGGACAAGGAAAGUCUUGCUAUGUUAAUGAACUCUGCCUGUGCUUCCGUAUCAAUCUUCCUCUCGUGACUUGUUACAGCCAUUAUUUUAUUACCGAGAUUAAGUGCUGCUACCAUUUAAGAGUUUUAGCUUUGCAAAAAUUUUAUCUUAUAUUUACCACAAAAAUCUCAUUGAAAUUGCGAACAUGUUUGCUUGUGUUUGUUACAAAUCUGACAUGUUCAUCAGUAUUGGAACUUAUUAUGUAUUUCACUAAGGCUAGAUUUGUGCAUUGCAGAACAGAGAAUUAGCCUUAAUGGGAUGUGAUUUUAAGGAUUCCAGUUGUUGAGCAUGCCAUUAUUUUCUAAUAGACUUUAGUUUAACAAGGCACACUACACUAAAUACCUAGAUAGAUUGAAUGAAUGAUGGAAAGCUUUGCCUCUACCAACGUUAUAUACAGACUAACAGUUUCAGAGUUGUAAAAUCAAGUGCCUUUUUACGGUAGACAAUGUACUGUUUAGAUCAGAGGAGUUUGCCAGUAGCUGUCUUACCUCACAAUGCAUUAUUUACAUUUUAGCCCUGUCUCCCUUACAAAAAUUGGGUUGUCAAAGAUACAAAGCUGAAUCUCAGAAAUUUAAGAGGGAUAUUUGUGGGCUUCUUCACUUCAGUAUAAUUCUUUCCUGUUGUUAUGCACAAUUUACUUUAGUAAAUCAUGUAGAAUAUGAUAAUAAAAUGGAGGAAUAUAC